UUCACCUCCUGAUCAAAGAUGGACCUGCAAAUCUCAGUUCUUCUGUUCGUCCUAUUUACUGGAGGACACUCUCUCGACUGUUAUGACUGCUCAAAUCCGAUGAGUUCCUGUGACCAGAGCAAACAGUGUACCAGUGAAUUUACCAACUGCUUCAGUGCAACAGCUACUGUCAACAGUACUACAGUGAAGUUUAAAAGUUGUGCUCCAUCUGUCUGUCCAAGUGGAUCCAUCAACCUCGGCAUUGGAAGAAUCUCUACUCUGUGCUGUAACACUGAUCUCUGUAACAAACAAGAUGCUCCAGAUCCCAGCACUAACACUCCCAAUGGAAAGAAAUGUUACUAUUGUGAUGGGAAUAGCUGCUCAAACACAGUGAGCUGUUCAGGGACUGAAGACCGCUGCUUUAAUGCAACAGUGCCUGGAGUCCAGUCACAGGGUUUUAAAGGCUGUGUCUCUAAAUCUCUUUGUGAUGCCACACAACUGGUUCCUGGUGUAGAAAGUGUCUCGUGUUGUGAGGGGGACCUGUGUAACGGUGCUCAGAGCGUCACUCAGAGCUUCCUGUUCCUCUGCUGUUCUCUGCUCUCCUUCAUCCUGCUGCACUGAAUCCAGCAGAUCUUCACAUUCUACAGCUGCAGCAAAGAUACAACAUGAUGUGCUUUACAAUUAUCUCUGAACUGUCUUUGAUUUGGUGUGAUGAAUCUAAAAUGAUAUACUACCAGUAAUUGAAAUAUAUUCAUCGUCUACACAAAAUUAAGAUUUUGAAAUGCAUUACUUUAUAUUCACUGUAUAUUUACUCGACUCAUAAAGCUUGUGUCACCUCUGUACUAUC